CACCCUUUCGUUUGCAAUCCAGACAUGGCGUCAAAACCCAUUCCGGAAAGGUGAAAAAAAAAAGAGAAAAAAGGAGAAAAAUAUAGAAUAUUAUUUUCAAUCCUGGUAAAAACCCCUUUUCUGCUCUUUUGUCUUCUGGUUAGAUCAAGUCUGUAUUGCGCAGACUUCUAUCAUUUCUCCCAAAUCCAAAAGAAAAAAAAGAAAAAAGAAAAAAGAAAAACGAAAGAAAAGGGUCCAAAAACUAAAAAGAAAACCAAUAAAAAAUUGCAGCUCGAGAUAUCGUAGUCGAUUUUAGUUUUGAAACGAUCCGAGGUUGGGGAUAUCGGUAUCGUUGAUUGAUCGGCUCUGAUCGCCGUUUCUGGAGGUUUGAAGAAUUGGGUUUCCGUUUCUGGGAAGGUUUGUGGGUCCUGCCGAUCGGAGCGGUUUCGGGCGAUUUCCUUCCUUUAUGGGUUUUGAUGGGCUUUUGAUUUCUGACGUGGGUUUUAAAGAUCUUUUGAUUUGGGUGAGGGGUUAUAUUGGGAGGCGAAUUUGAAGGUUUUUUCUCUUUUCCAUUUUUUUUUUUUUUGGAUUCCUUUGAGGAGUGGGGUUUUGAUGCUGUCUUUGGGAAGUAGAGAUGGGAGGAAGGGGUUAGGAUUUGGCGUUGUAGAAGAGAUGGAAGAGACUGAGCUAGAAGAAGGGGAAGCCUGUUAUUAUCAAGACGAUGACGGCACAAACACUGACCCUGACGUGGAGCUCUCUUCGCUCUCUUACAUUGAUGAAAAAAUUCAAGAUGUAUUGGGUCACUUUCAAAAAGAUUUUGAGGGUGGGGUUUCCGCAGAGAAUUUGGGGGCGAAGUUUGGCGGGUAUGGAUCGUUUUUACCUACAUGUCAGCGUUCCCCUUCCAUUUGGUCUCAUCCUAGGACUGAACAGAAGGUGCAGACCCAUACCGCUCCGAAAUCUCCUAACAACCUGCCAUUGGAGGGUGCACGGCAGAACCCUGCAAUUCCAUCGAGUGCAUCCCACUCCAUCAGGCAUCUUCCUACUUCUGCUAAUACGCAGCCUGGUAUGAUGGGGCCAUUCACCGCCAAAAGAGAUACACGUAAUUCUGUUGCUGAAGGUGCUGAGGAAUUUACUCCCAAGCAUGAUUCUGCGAAUAAACCCGUCAGUGGAACUGAUCAAAAGAAGCUCAAGGUUCUUUUUAAGAUGGGUUCUGAUAACGUUUCAGCUAGAAAAAAUGCUGCAAUUUACAGCGGUCUGGGCCUUGAUAUUUCUCCAUCUUCAUCGCUCGAGGACAGCCCUGAUGGGAGUGGUGAGUUGUCUCCUGAAUUUCGAGACUUGACUGAUGAAUCUCCCAUGACCAUACUUAAGACUAUGACAUCUUUUCCGGUUCUUGGGGAGUCUUUGCUUUCACCUCUUCUUGAAAGUCUGCUAUACUUGACUGAAAAGGAAAAGCCUCUUAUAAAAGACAGUAAAUCUGGGACUACCCGCAAGAGUAGCCAAGAAACUACUUCCAUGUUGCCUGAUGAGAUUCCAUCUGUAAAGGAAUUGAAAGGGUUUUGCGAAAAGAAAAUAAAGUCUGUUGGGAAAAAUGGGAGGCCCAUGGAAGUGAAGAAUGCAAAUGGCAAGGAUGCAGAAAAUGACAUGACUGAUUUCUUGAAGAAUCAGAUAGACAUUGAGACCCUAGCAGGCAGAGAUCUUGUUACGCAUGUCUUGAAGCUUCCGUUACUGUCAUGUUCAAAAGACACUAAUGAAAAACCAGAAAAACCCAUUAAGGGUGACAUGGCAAGGGGUCCUAGUAGGGCGCCCGAUCUUUCUAAGGAUGCCUAUAAGGGAGUAGCAAAGGACAGACCCUUCUCAUCUGAUGCAGUGAAGGAGGUGAUCUUGGCGCCAGUGGUUGGCCAGGACACUGGUCGGGUUAGCAAUGAAGGAAAUGAGUUCGCGUCUCUAAAAGGGAAGCUCAGUUCAAAGAUGACUUCCUCAGACAAGGCAUGUGAAGAGAAAAAAGCAAGUAGUCAAAAGGACGGCAAUGGCAGAGGUGACAAAACCAUGGAUGCAGGUAAUUCUGACUAUGAUGGAUUUAAGGAGCAAAAAGAUCACAGCAGUGGAUUUGCAGAGCCCAUCAAACAAAAGGUUGCUAAAAAAGCUGCAUCGUGUGAGCAAGAUGGAGUAAAGAUGUCACAAGAGAAGGGGGGCAAGAAGAAAUCGAAGGGACACCAAAGCAAGGGCAGACCUGAUGUGGAGCUUCCAAAAGAAUGCCUGAGGGACAUUUCUUCUGUGAAGCCAAAACAUAAGAAGAAGAGCUCGCACACAAGAGAUUCCUCGACCAAAAGUAAGAGUGAUGCUGUAAAAUCACAUAAGGAGUUGAAUAAGACCAUUGGAAGAGAAUGUGCCAGAGAUUCCUUGGGGAAUAUAACAAUUGAGCCAGCAGAGAACAGAAUAGAUCCUCCAGAAAUGCAUUUUAAAUAUAAGCUGAAGGACCCAAAAGUCGAGUUUGAGAAGGAAACUGGUUCAUUUGCUGAAAAGUCUAAGGAGAAAUCAGGUGGUAAAAAUGUCGAAAAGCCAUCAACAUUGGAGGCAUAUCCAAAGGCUCCCUCUGCUACUCCUUUAACAGCAAAUGGGCCAACUUCUAAUGCAGUUCCUCUGCCGGUAGCUCCUUUUGUUAUAAACGAGAAUUGGGUUUGUUGCGACCGGUGUCAGAAGUGGCGACUCUUACCAUUUGGAACAGAUCCUGUCAGCCUUCCCAAGAAGUGGCUAUGUAGCAUGCUUAACUGGCUGCCUGGAAUGAACAAGUGUACCAUCAGCGAAGAAGAGACUACAAAAGCUUUGAAUGCAUUGUAUCAAGUCCCCAUCACCGAGAAUCAAAAUAAUCCUCAUAGUCGGUAUGAUGGAGCAUCAGGCAUGACAGUUGCUGAUGUUCGGCAUCCUGAUCAAAGUCAUGAAUUCGGUUCACAGGCCAUGCCUGGUGGUGGAAAGAAAAAACAUGGAUCAAAGGAUGCAUCAAGUGCACUUAGCCACUCAACUCUGACACACGUUCCAAACGCUAUAAAAAAGACUGAACAGGCCUCUGUCAGGAGUAGAAGUCUAGAUGAUGUAAAUCACUAUCCUUUGGAAUCCAACUCGGGAAACAAAGCUGCCUUUCAGCAUGUGAAUAAGUCAAACACCUUUGCUAUUGAAAAACACCAACAUAAACAUAAAGAAAAGCACAAAUUGUCGGAGCGCUAUUCAGAUGGAGGUGAUUGUAUUGAACCAAGCGGCAAACACUCAAAAAAUAAAAGCAAGGGAGAGGUUGAUCAAGAUGGUUUUAGGAUUUCUAAGAAAAGUAAGACAGAAACCAAUGAAGAUUGGCACUCUGACCACGACAUAGCAGGAAAGGCGAUUUCGAACUUGAGUAAUGGUUUGCCGAAGGUAACUUGCAAGAAUCCUCAGCGACAUGGCGAUUACUCUUCUUCUAAGGACUCAAAGGAUGAUAUGAAGGAGACCUCGCUAGCUGCUGGGAAGAAGCCAAAAGCCCAAGUCCAGGGUUCCCUGGAUGGUGAAUACAAAACCCAGUCUGGAGUUGCGGAUAUGGGAAAAUCCGAUAAAGCAGAUUUUGCUGCAAAAAAGAGGAAGUUAAAGGAAUGGCAACAGAGUCAAGCUCAUCCAGGGACCCUCCUGGGUAGUGUGUCCGACAACAUGGUUUCAGUGAAAGAGGAAACCCGCGAAAGCGAGCUUCGGAAGGAAAAGAAGGCCAGAGCAUCAAAAUCUGAGGGGAAGGAGUCCAGUACGAGUAAGACAGAUGGUAGACUGGACAAAAAAAGUAGAGUGACCAAAAUCGUGCUAACUGGCAGCAGAGAGUCCCUAGCUGAUGGUAUGGAAGAGGAAAGAAAAGGUGGUAAUGUGCACCAACGAGCGAAUGCUGCACCUCAACGGGCCUUUGAUGGUAUGGAUUCAUUGAAAAGGGAUUUGGGCUAUGCACAGCCUUCUACGGCAGCUACUUCGAGCUCUUCGAAGGUGUCAGGCAAAAGCAAAGCCAACUUCCACGAAGUGAAAGGUUCUCCUGUAGAGUCUGUUUCUUCAUCUCCUUUGAGGAUUUCUAAUACAGACAGGCUUACAAACACAAGAAGGAACCCCUUAGGAAACGACGAUACAACGAAUGUGGGUUUCUCUGUUAUAGGCAGCCCAAGAAGAUGUUCCGAUGGUGAAUGUGAUGGUGGAAGCGACCGAUCAGGCACAAUCAGGAAGGAGAAAGCUGCCUCUGUUGUCCAGCUCAGUUCCCAGGAGAGUCAAAGGGCUGUGGAGUCUUCGAUGAUUCAUGCUUAUCAAGGUAGGGAUGCUAAUCAUUUAUCUAGUGACAAACUCGAAGACUGUAUGCUUACAAAGGUGUUUGAUGGUGCACAUAGCAAUCUGUCUCCUUCUGAAAUUGAAAACAUCAAUGUGGUGAAUGGCAGUGCUGACAAUUCCGACCAACAUAACCCAUAUCUCCGUGCAAUGCACUGUAAGGAUCAUGACCCUGACCCUGACCCUGACCCUGAAAAACCGAACAAUCAUUACCACAGUAAUGGGUCUUGUCAGCGGAAAUCAGGUAAAGGGUCUUCUUCGCGAUCGAAGGACAGACACCGAAAUUCGAGAUCUGAUUUCGAGAAAGGUAAGGUCAAGGUUUCUGAUUCUUUUAGCGAGCAGGGUGAACUAUAUCCUACAAAGAGUUCUGGCAGCUGCCGCUAUGACCCUGACAUUGAUCAUUCACCGCAUCAUGAGGAUCUGUGGGACAGAAAAUACAAUCUUCAGGAAAAACGGAGCGUGAACUCCAGUAAGGAUGAGAAGAGUUGCUCAGGUAAGAAAGACUCCAUGGCAAAAUGGCCAAGCAACGCGAGAAGAGAUAGUCAGCCAAAAUUUGGGAUACAUGAAAAUUCAGAUGUGGGUUCUCCAAUGCUGUCUAAACAGCACACAGAUUUCAACUCCAGAAGUGGAAAGCCGGUUGCUAUUUGCAGCAAGGAUGGGAAGUCUAAUCAACAACAAAACCUACCAGAGGCAACGGUUCGUGAAGAUGAAAGGUUCUCAAAUAAAAAUAAUCGAGCGGAAAUGGCGUCCGGGAGAGGAAGGUCGCAAUUAUACCCACCAUCCCGAGAUAAACAAGAAAGGCAAAGUCAAUGUCCCCCAGCUAUGCCCCCACUCAUUAAGGGAAGCAGGUCAGAUGUAUUGCCUGUCGAUGCCUCUAGUGGUGAUGCAUUGAAGGUGCCAAAACAGCCAAGAAAGCCCGAGAACCAGAAUGGAGGACUCAAUAGUGGUAGGCACCAGAUGCCUAAUGGGAUUGCAGGCAGGGAUCUUGAUGCCCCAAGUCCUGCUAGAAAGGAUUGCCGUCAGUCCACUGGAGAUGCUGCCCUAAGAGAAGCUAAGGAUCUAAAACACUCUGCCGAUCGCCUAAAGAAUGGAGGCGCAGGCCUUGAAAGUACUGGCUUAUAUUUUCAAGCAGCCUUGAAGUUUCUUCACGGGGCUUUACUUUUAGAGCAUUGCAAUGCUGAGAGUGCCAAACAUGGGGAAAUGACUCCGUCAAUGCAAGUGUAUUCAGAUACUGCAACGCUCUGCCGAUUUUGUGCCCAAGAAUAUGAGAGAUGCAAGGAGAUGGCUGCUGCAGCUCUAGCGUACAAGUGCAUGGAAGUGGCGUAUAUGAGGGUGAUUUAUUUUAGACAAUUCAUUGCCAGUAAAGACCGACAUGAGCUGCAUGCAGCCCUACAAGCAAUUCCACCAGGCGAGUCACCAUCAUCGUCUGCCUCAGAUGUGGACAACCUAAACAAUCAAGCUGCUUUAGACAAGGUUGCUUUGGGCAAGGGUGUUAAUUCUCCUCAAGUUGCUGGCAGCCAUGUUAUACCUGCCCGCAAUCGUAGCAAGUAUGAGCGGAUGCUCAAUUUGGUGCAAGAUGUAACUUCUGCAAUGGAAGCCUCCAGUAAAUCGCAGAAUGCUUUUGCAGCAGCUAAUGCAAGUUCGGAAGAGGCGCGCCAUGGGUCGGAAGGCAUCCAGUCUGUGAGAAGAGUUCUUGAUUUCAACUUCCAUGAUGUCGAGGGACUGUUACAUCAUGUACGGCUUGCAAUGGAGGCUAUCAGCUGUUAAAAUCCUGGCCCAGCAGUAUGGAUAAUCUUGUCCAUACGAAAUAGAUCAUGAUUCUCUGGUUUAUUUCCUCGUGUAAGCAGGCCAUAAGGGGAAUUGAACGGUGGGCCGCAUCUCUCUCCAGUCUCCACCCUGAUUACGUAAUUUUUCCAAGAGGAAUGGGUUAUGAUGUCCUCAGUUCCUUUCUGUACAAUGUGUACAAAAUGAGAUUGGCUUGCAAUUUUUGUAAAGUAUUCUUUGCGGGCUUUCGGCUGUUCAGCAAUACGGAUUACAGAGUGGUAUAUCAACCCAUGAGUUUCGGAGAACGGUGAAGAGGAAGAAAGUGGGUUUCUUACCAGUCAUGACUUCCUGCUGCUACAAGGUGGAGAUCAUACUACAAAUGUGGCUGUAUGGCUUCUCUGUUAGAAUAGGAGUUGAGGGAGUGUAAAAAAUUCCAAAAAAAAAAGGAAGGAAAACCCAGUUCUGUGAAGGGAUUCGGGUUGAACAUUUAUUCAGUUAUGGUUGAUGCCAUCAUUCUGGCUUUUUUAUUAGAUUUUUUUUUGACGGCAUAAAUUUAGAAAAGAAGAAGAAAAAGAUAAGGGAGUUACCUGUUCAUGGAAUCAUUUUUUUGUCAAGCUUGGUUUCAUGAGAUUGCUGAUGAUUAUCUUUCAACAUGGUUCAAUCCAAGAUCAACUGAAUUUGGCAAUUCUGGGUA